AUGAACGAAUCUGACAUCGACCUCGCAACCAUUGAGCCGAGCUCUCUCCAGCUUUUCAGAACCAUCGAAGCCAAAUUCCGAGCGUCUGGAAUCGAUGAUGAUAAAUGGUAUCUUACUGUGCUGAGUGCAAUCACAACAACCCCCGAGUCUCACGUUUGCGCUCAGCUAUACCUUUACCUGAUAAGCCAACACGCAUAUUCAACGAAGGAUGCACGCCAGAGACUGAUGCGCCGCAUGCGCGAGGCACUGUUCAAGGAUAUUGGGCUGAUUGGACUACCGCGGCCUACAGAAUCUCUGAUUGAGAUCACGAAAGUUCUAUCAGAAGAGGACGCAGAAUAUACCUAUAGCCGUGAGGGCUGGCAAUGUGACCAUUUGAAUCACACUCGCGGCAUGGGAUGGCUGAAGCAGAUAUAUGCGCAUAAUACCGCGGCCCUGUUUGAAUUGUUCAAGAAGCACCCUGACUUUGGCUUCUGGGUUGCUGAUAUCACGUACGGCCUACUCUUGUCCGACCGGCAGGUCUUGGAUGAUUUGGAUACAGAGUUGGUCGUUCUACCAGCGGUGAUGGGCCAAGACUUACCACGGAUGACUUACUGGCAUAUUCGAGGCACAAGACGCUUGGGAGUACGGAGAGAAGACGUGCAAAUGGUGAUGGAUUGUGUUGAGUUGGUAGUAGAAUCUUGCGGUGUGACCUUGAGGCGAGUACCCAGUGUCGACUCUGUCGAGAAAGAUCUAUAG